CGCAGUGAGGGAUCCAGACGCGCAGAGCGCGCUGCGCCUCUCCACAAGUGACAGUGCCAACACAACAUCAAGAACACUCUGGACCCACUGCACCACUAUCAUCAAAAAUAUGAUUUAGACAGCGACCUGCGUUGUACGAACACAUAUGAUGGAACUCCAUAAUGUUCUGGACUACAUGUGGAUCGUUUUUUUGCUAAUCGGAUUUAUCCGCGUGUGUGUUUGCGGAGACGCGCAUCUGAAGAUCUAGCGCUGCUGCACUCUUUACUUGACUCAGCUCAUUUAAUCGAGAGAUCACAGAGCUGGAUUAUCAUUCAGGAGAACCCUGGAUACGACAUUAUACUUUGCGUUCCCACAAUGUAUGGACUAAAUCAGCGCUGCUUGUACAUCUCUUUUCACUUCUUCGUGGUGUGGUGUCACGCGCAGGGGGAGAAGAAUCACCCUUCUCCUAAUUUUAAGCAGUAUGUGAGGGAACAGGGCUCUCUGACGGACCAGCUGAGCCGGCGGCAGGUUCGCGUCUAUCAGCUGUACAGCAGAACCAGCGGCAGACACGUGCAGAUCCAGGGCAAGAGAGUGAGCGCCACCGCCGAGGACGGGAACACUUUCGCCAGACUUUAUGUGGAGACGGACACCUUUGGAAGUCGUGUCCGGAUCAAAGGAGCAGAGAGUGGCAGAUACCUGUGCAUGAACCGCAGGGGGAAACUAGUCGGCAAGCCUAAUGGCAGAGGAAGGGACUGCAUCUUCACAGAGAUCGUCCUGGAGAACAACUACACUGCUUUCCAGAACGCUAAAUAUGAGGGCUGGUAUGUGGCCUUCAGCAGAAAGGGUCGGCCCAUCAAGGCCUCCAAAACCAGGGAGAACCAGCGGGAAGUUCACUUCAUCAAGCGCCUCCACAAAGGACCACUCCCCUUCCCAAACUCGGACCAACCCAAACACUUUGAGUUCAUCAACUUUCCACCGACCCGACGGGCGAAACGCAACAGAAAAGCCCACUCUGCUUCCUAACACCAUGCCACACAAACUCAUCUGACUGUUAAUAAGAAGAAGAGGCAGCUUUAUUUUUUAUAUAUUUUCAUACUUAAUGGACUUGAAAAAGCCAGCAACACUGAAUGCAUGGAUGCUCAUCGGGAUGACUUGUAAAUAUGGUAAGAUAGUCAAAGAGAAUGUAUAUAUUUAAUUAAGGUGGUAUUUGUAUGUGUGUUGUGUGAGCAUUUUUUAAAGACUUUAAGACAAUAUGCUCAAUAUUAAACACCAUAAAAAAGCAAGUUCCCUUUGGGGGGAAUAUAAAUGUAAAAUGAAAUAUAAAUCAACAUCAGUUUCCACCGAAGAUGUUUGACAUUACCUCAUGUGUCUGGGAUAGAAAUAAAUAAAUACGAGUCUUCAAAUGAUUGUUUGCUGUCUGUUAAUGUACUUUUAACAACAACAACAAAAAAUUGGGGGUCAGUAUGAUUUUGUUUUUUCAUAGAUUUUUUUUUUCUUUUAUUCAACAAGGAUGCAUUAAAUUGAUCAAGAGUGACAAAGAUCAGCAAAUCAGCAUAUUAGAAUGAUUUCUGAAGGAUCAUGUGACCCUGAAGACUGGAGUAAUGAUGCUGAAAAUUCAGCUUUUCAUCACAGGAAUAAAUUACAUUUAAAAUAUAUUACAAUUAAAAAUAUAUGUAUUUUAAACUGUAAUAAUAUUUCACAAUUUACUGUAUUUUUUAUUUUAAAAAAUGCAGUCUUGGUGAGCAGAAGAGUUUUCUCUCAAAAACAAUAAAAAAAAAAAAAAAACUAAAAAAACAUAUAGGCCUACUGACCUCAAACUUUUGAAAAGUACCUUUCUUAUCUCCAAGUAGGGAACAACACCUCCAGACUUCAAGAAAUGUUUGACCAGUAAUUUUUCUCAAUUCGCCCACUAGUAAUAUACGUAUAAAUAUACAUUAACCGGGUGGUAAAGCAUCACAAGUAACGCAAGUUAAAUAACUAAAGUAACGCAUUACUUUUUAAUUUACUUUUUAAUUUUAUAUAUAUAUAUAUAUAUAUAUAUAUACCUCCACACUGAAUAUACCUGCACACCGAAUAUACAUAUAUAUAUACCUUCAAUGAUCCAAUUCAACCAUUCGAAUAAGCAAAAAUGACUGUUAAAUGAAUGUUAAACAUCAAAUUUGUGUUUUGUUGCUGAAGUAAGUGUUGAACUUUCUUCAAGAAUGGCAGCUGAAAUGUUUGAGCUGCGCCCUCUACUGUACAGAUGUGAAUGUACAUUUCCUUCAGCCUCAGGCUUAUUCAUUUCGCUUUGUGAAAUGUGUGAAAGGGCUUUUAUAUUUGGCAAAGAGUGAAGGGUGGAUGGACAGAUUGAGAAACAGCUCUCUGCUGCCACCUGCUGCCUUGAUUCUGACACUGCAGACACAUUCAAGUGCUAAAGGAGACGAUGCAAAGAUAUCAUGCACAUUUCACACUGAAUAUUCAGCCUGAGGGGUUUUUAGGUCAUACCUGUUCUCUGCUGUUGGAUAGAUUUUAUUAUAGGUUAAAGUGAAGGCUGACAUGUUAAAGAAGUGUUUGUCAGCAUCACUAACAUCAUGCUGGAAGCCAGACUGCUUUUUCAAAUAAUAUCACGCCCUGCUGUCUGUAUACGGGUGAUUUUGGCAUCUUUCUUCUGUUCUUGUUGUACGUUCUGCAUUAUUGUUAAAUUGAUCUGCAUUAUCAUUAAAAUGAAGACUAGUUUUUUUUCAGUAUGUUCAUCACAUGCUGAAUAUCUCAACAAUUGCUCUAAAAGCAACAUUGCAGCAGAUUUAUUUGGCAUUGUCUUUCCCACAGUGAAAUCUCUCCUUAAUAGCACUUUUAUUCAUGUAAUCCUGCAUUUUCUAUUUUUAACAAUAUCAUGUGAGCUUUACGUAAAAAUGAGAGCACACAGCAUCCACUGAUUUCUGACUGAUUGUGCUAUUUCUAUAGCACACAUGUACAUGAGAUCAACACACUUGUCUAAUUUAUUUCAACGGGCUUGUCAUAUUCAUAACCUCAAAUCACCACAACAGCUGCUGAGAGCUGAUAUCAUUCCUGAAGCCUGCUGAUCCACUGAAAAGCCAAUAUAAUUGUAAGAUUAUCCCUAGUAAUGGGUUUGGCAACAAAAGCAGACA